ACACACACACACACACACACACAUAAAUGAAUCCCUGGAUGGAUAAAAGCACUUGCUCUCCGCGUCUCCCUCGUACGCCUCAUCACCACCACCACCACCACCACCGGGUCGAAUCAUAGGAAGCACUGCCUCCCUCCUUUCUUCAUGCGUAAAUUAUGUAGGGCAGCACGGUGAAUGCUGUGUGCUACCUCCAUUUGAGAGAGCCGGUGAAUGUGAGAGGAGGUUGGGGGGAGAAAAAAAAAGGAAAACAAACACUGGAAAAAAAGCCGCAGCGUUUAACACCAGAAGAGGAGUAUAACAUAGACGCAUCACGACUUGCUGCCCAUUGUGAAGCCAAGGAGAAGAAGAAAAGAUGGACAUCACGGAUCAAGGAGCUCAAAUGGAGCCGCUCUUACCCACGGAGCAAAGUCCCCAAGAAAGUAAAGAUGAGAGAGCUGAUGAGGAGGCAGUGGUGGACCGUGGGGGCACGCGCUCCAUGCUCAACACCAACUUCGAGAAGGAAGAACUCGAAGGUCACCGCACUCUCUACAUCGGGGUCCACGUUCCCCUGGGCAGGAGGUCGCACAGACGUCACCGCCACCACGGACACAAACACAGGAAGCGGUCCAAGGAGAGGGACUCUUCAGCUGACGAUGGAAGAGAAUCCCCCUCUCACACAGACACACCAGCUCAGAGGGUGCAGUUUCUGUUGGGGACAGAGGAUGGCGACGAGGAGCACAUCCCCCACGCUCUGUUCACCGAGCUGGACGAAAUCUGCCUCAGGGAGGGCGAGGACGCUGAGUGGAAAGAGACAGCCAGGUGGCUUAAGUUCGAGGAGGAUGUCGAGGACGGCGGCGAGCGGUGGAGUAAACCCUACGUAGCCACCCUGUCUCUACACAGUCUCUUCGAGCUCCGCAGCUGCAUCAUGAACGGCACCGUGAUGCUGGACAUGAGGGCCAACUCGCUGGAGGAGAUCGCAGACAUGGUUCUGGAUCAGCACGAGGUGUCGGGCCCCGUAGGCCAGGAUGCCAGGAAGAGGAUCCGCGAGGCGCUGCUCAAACAGCACCACCACCAAAACCACAAGAAGCUGGCCAACCGCAUACCUAUUGUACGCUCCUUCGCUGAUAUCGGCAAGAAGCAGUCUGAGCCUCAUUCCAUGGACAAGAAUGGCCAAACGGUCUCACCUCAGUCUCAGCCGGCGAACAGUGAGGGCAAACAGGACGUCAGCCGGGAAAACAGCGCCGUCGACUUCAGCAAGAUCGACCUCCACUUCAUGAAAAAGAUCCCUCCCGGUGCCGAGGCAUCGAACGUCCUGGUGGGGGAGCUGGAAUUCCUGGACCGCCCCGUGGUGGCCUUCGUCCGCCUGUCUCCCGCUGUGCUGCUCAACGGCCUGGCCGAGGUUCCCAUCACCACCAGGUUUCUUUUCAUCCUGCUCGGCCCUCUGGGAAAAGGUCCACAGUAUCAUGAAAUUGGGCGGUCUAUUGCUACCCUGAUGACUGACGAGAUUUUCCAUGAUGUUGCGUACAAGGCCAAAGACAGGAAUGACCUGGUGGCAGGCAUCGAUGAGUUUCUGGACCAGGUGACGGUGUUACCUCCUGGAGAGUGGGACCCCUCCAUCAGAAUAGAGCCUCCCAAAAACGUGCCCUCUCAGGAAAAGCGGAAGAUUCCCCCCCUUCCCAACGGAGUGACAGAUCUUGGAGAGUCGGGGGAUAGCGGAGGACACGGCGGCCCUGAGCUCCAGCGCACCGGGAAGUUUUUUGGCGGGUUCUUCAUGGACAUCAAGCGAAAGGCUCCUCACUACGUUUCCGACUUCAGGGACGCCCUCAGCCUGCAGUGUCUGGCCUCCUUCCUCUUCCUCUACUGCGCCUGCAUGUCGCCGGUCAUCACCUUCGGAGGACUCCUGGGUGAGGCCACAGAGGGACGUGUGAGUGCCAUUGAGUCCCUGUUUGGGGCGUCCAUGACGGGAAUAGCCUACUCUAUUUUCGCCGGUCAGCCCCUCACCAUCCUGGGCAGCACUGGGCCUGUUCUUGUCUUUGAGAAAAUCCUCUUCAAGUUCUGCAAGGAGUACGACCUCUCCUACCUCUCCCUGAGGGCGUGUAUCGGCCUGUGGACGGCCUUCCUCUGUCUGCUGCUGGUGGCCACGGACGCCAGCUCGCUCGUCUGUUACAUCACGCGCUUCACCGAGGAAGCGUUCGCCUCUCUGAUCUGCAUCAUCUUCAUCUAUGAGGCUCUGGAGAAGCUGCUCCACCUGGGGGUGCACUACCCCAUCAAUAAGAACAACAACCUUCAGCAGCUCACACAGUACUCGUGUGCGUGUGUGGAGCCCAUUAACCCCAGCAACGAGACUCUGCGGUACUGGGAGGAGAGCAACAUCACGUCCUCCCAGGUCAACUGGACCAUGCUGGAAGUCAAGGAGUGCGAGUUGUUUCACGGCGAGUUCGAGGGCACCGCCUGCGGCCCCCACGGCCCCUACAUCCCAGACGUGCUCUUCUGGUGCGUGGUCCUCUUCUUCUCCACCGUCUUCAUGUCCGCCUUCCUCAAGGAGUUCAAGACGAGCCGCUACUUCCCCACCAAGGUGCGGGCCAUCAUCAGUGACUUUGCUGUCUUCAUCACCAUCCUCACUAUGGUUUUAGUAGAUUACGCCCUUGGGAUCCCUUCACCUAAAUUACAGGUCCCCAGCAAGUUCAAACCAACCAGAGAUGACCGUGGCUGGCUCAUAAACCCCGUGGGGCCCAACCCCUGGUGGACCACCAUCAUCACCUUCCUCCCUGCUCUGCUCUGCACCAUCCUCAUCUUCAUGGAUCAGCAGAUCACCGCCGUCAUCAUCAACAGAAAGGAGCACAAACUAAAGAAAGGCUGCGGCUACCACCUGGACCUGUUCGUGGUGGGGGUGAUGCUGGGCGUGUGCUCUGUGAUGGGCCUGCCGUGGUUCGUGGCGGCCACCGUGCUCUCCAUCUCCCACGUGAACAGCCUGAAACUGGAGUCGGAGUGCUCGGCCCCCGGAGAGCAGCCCAAGUUCCUGGGCAUCCGGGAGCAGCGCUUCACCGGCCUCAUGAUCUUCGCCCUGAUGGGUUGCUCCGUCUUCAUGACCUCUGUGCUAAAGUUCAUCCCCAUGCCUGUGCUGUACGGAGUCUUUCUGUACAUGGGGGCUUCCUCACUCAGAGGCAUUCAGUUCUUUGACCGCCUGAAGCUGUUCAGCAUGCCGGCCAAACACCAGCCAGACUUCAUCUACCUUCGCCACGUCCCGCUGAGGAAGGUGCACCUCUUCACCAUCAUCCAACUCAGCUGCUUGAUCCUGCUUUGGGUCAUCAAGACCUCCAAUUACGCCAUUGUCUUCCCCAUGAUGGUCUUAGCCCUGGUGUUCAUCCGUAAGCUACUGGACUUCAUCUUCACCAAGAGGGAGCUGAGCUGGCUGGAUGACCUGAUGCCAGAGUGGAAGAAGAAGAAACUGGAGGAUGCAGCAGAAGAGGAGGAGCACAGUAUUAUUGCAGAGGAAGAAGGCAUUGUACAAGUGCCACUCGAGGGACAUUUUAAGAGUGACCCAGCCACAGUGAACAUCACUGACGAGAUGUCCAAAGGAUCUUUCGGGAGCGUGUGGAAGAGCGUCAACCCUAGCGAGAGCACGAAGAAGGAACCAAGCGCUAAAAGCUCCCCUUCCUAACCUCUCAGAAGCUGAUACCCCAAAGUUCUGGCGGCGAAAAGCGACACAAGCGCCGGAGGCAUGAGAAGAGCUUGGACAGGGAGACAAGUUUGUGAUGACACAUACUGGCGGUGCCACUGUGCUGUCAAUCAGUAGAUCAAAAAACUAAAAAAACUGUACCGUGCCACACUCAACCACCUUUGUACUGUGCUACACUGUGUUUUUGUCAUGUAAGUCUGUGUGCAAGUUGUGUAAAACAAAGAAUUUGUUAGAAACAGUAUUAACGCGAGGAACCGAGACACGUUCUUUUUCUAUGUAUAUCAAUGUUUGGUGAUACCAGCAACAGAAGGAGGCCAGAAUUAUGUGACACACACCAGAUGCUGCGUCAACGGGCCAAUUAGGUAAAACAUUUUAAACAAUUUUUAAACUUUAUUUGUAUUUUGUAUGUUUUUAUAUUUUUCCAACAACAACAGUUGCGAGUUGUCCUUUUCAAAACCUGCCACAGCAAACUGCAAAUGUUUGUGCGCAUUUAAUGCCGCUAUUGACUCGAUGCGCCUCACAAUAGAAAACUUAAAAAGUAGAGAUUUGCCAAUACUAAUCUAUUUCACUGGUAUCUAAAAAGAGUUGGCUAUAGCGAAUCUAGUGAUUUUUUUGAAAGUAUUAAAUAUACAUUUUAUAUAUUCUGUAUAUCUAAAUGUUUUUGUGACAGUGACAGCUCAUAUCACUCCAUCGCUAUUUUACAAAUAAAUGUCUCUCCUCCAAUAAAGCAUUCCCUGAAAACGAGUUAAAGGAAUAGUUUGACAUUAUGUGACCACUUAUUUGCUCUCUGUUAGACGAGAAGAUUGACACCACUCUCACAUUUGAGAGAGGUAUCGGUCUUCUCAUCAAAGUCUCGGCAAGAAAAGGGAAUAAUAUUAACCGAAAUAAACUAUUCUUUUGAGAACAGUAUACUUCAGGGGCAGCUUAUUGGAAAACAUUUUUCAAGCUAGCAUUUCAGCAUAGUUCGGGAACUUUCAGUACCUCUAGCUACUUGGCCUUGGCUUUUUAAAAACACUUCGAAUUUGCAAAUGCUGAACUAGGGUGACUGUACAGAAAGCUCUGUGUUUUCCACCUGCAUACUCUUUGUCAUCUUGUCAGUAAGUGUCAUCCAUGGACAUGUGAUCUCCUCUCCAAAUGACCCUCAAUGUGUUAGCAUCGGAAGCUAAUUGUUUUUAAAAAAGAAAAACACCUGCAUGACGGCGACUUGACUGUCUCGCUGCAGGACCAUGGUUACUUCUAGAGAUGCAAUAAUAGGCUACCUUUUUUCUGGGAAGGGCAACAUGUAAUAAACGGUAAAGAGUCUUAACAAUGUAUAAUACAUAGUAUAUUUUAUUCAUGUACAAUGUUACUAAUAUAUAACUAACAUGAAGUCAGUGUUGAAGGCAGGUUUUUGUUGUAGAUGUUCUUUUUCCCAUUGUCCAGUUGAUGGUUCUUAGUUGAUUAGAGAAACUAAUAAGGGGUCAGAAUUAUAUCAAUAUCAAAUAUUUUGACCACCUCUGUGUGGAAUUCUGCCUUAAAUUUGGUAGUGAUAGCUGUACACUUUCUGUUUAAUAAUUUAAGUCACCUGUAUAGAAAACCAUCAGUUCAGAUCUGUUGUUCUAUUGUGAUUUGUUUCAUGAGAAUGAGAGCGCGAGUGAGUGAGAGCAUAAAUAAAGAUCUUAAAGAAACUGAAA